ACUGUUUAUGUUGUUUCUUGUUUGCUUUGCUACACAUCUUGUGUGAUAGUUAAAGACUCUUUACCUGCCGUUUGUUCUCCUGUCUCUGCAUUUUGGGGUCACAACCACCGCAGCAAUGCGUGUUCGUGACAAACGUUGUUUUAUAAAUAUCUCGGCAACCAUUGCUUGAUUUAAAUAGUUCGGGCUAAUAGGGAUCCCAAAUACACGAAAACAGGUAUGAACAGCUCAAUCUCAAACUCCAGGAGAACAAGGAGCGGCAAUGACAGACGCGACGACCCGACAGUCCUUCCCGGUCCCGGACUUGACCAUCGUGGACCUGUCUCGGAACGGCCAGUGCGCCCCGGACGGCGUCGCCAACAACCACCAUCAGCAUGCGAAGAGCCCCAUCCAGCCCGAGGCGCUCACCUCCGGCCAGGAGAUGAAGAUCACCGACACCGUGGAUGGAGAAGGCCUCCUAGAGAGCAGCCUGCGCCUGAAGCCUCAUGAGGCUCAGAACUACAGAAAGAAGGCACUCUGGGUCUCAUGGAUCUCCAUCGUGGUCACUCUCAUCCUGGCUGUGACGGCAUUCACUGUAUCCUUCAUGAGGCACAGCGCAUCAGCCUUUGGAUUUGCCUUUGACGCCACCUUGGAUAUUCUGUCAUCAAUCAUUGUCCUCUGGCGCUACAGCAAUGCAGCUGCUGUGUAUUCUGCACACCGGGAGUACCUAGCAUGCGUAGUCCUUGGUGUUUUGUUUCUGCUCUGCUCCUUCUGCAUUCUUGGAAAGGCCAUCCAUAAUCUGGUCACCAGGAUGCCCCCGGAAGUGGAUGACUUCCUCUUUAGUGUGUCCAUCUUGAGUGGAUUCGUGUGUACUAUGCUGGCUAUUGCCAAGUUCAUGUUGGGAAGAGUGCUGACCAGUCGUGCUCUCAUCACUGACGGGUUCAACUCUCUGGUCGGCGGCAUCAUGGGAUUUUCUAUUCUGAUCAGUGCCCAAGUCUACAAGGACCAUCCUAAUGUUUGGUUCCUGGAUGGCAUGAUCGGCGUUCUCAUUGGACUCAUCCUUUUAGCAUAUGGGGUCAAACUUUUGAAGGACAUGGUGCCCCUUGUGAGACAAACAAGGAACUACGAGCGAUUCGAGUGAGCUUCCUCAACCAUUCGACUGGCUGCCCCCUGCUGUCGUCUCCCUCACUUUCUUACACACUUCAAUAGUGCUGUCUUGCACAUGCACAUGGGCGCUACGUGCAUACUUCCUUGCCAUUACACACACACACACAUAUACUGUAUGAUAUGCUGCAUUCAUGCGUUCUCAGAUAUUCAUAUGCUCACACAUGCACAGACAAACACACUCUUUAUAAGGAAAAAAAAAAACGACGGUGCAUUUAUUCCUGUUUUAAGCCUCUUCUUUCGUCCUCAACUUUUUGCUGAGUAAGAAAAUUGAGAGACAGCAACUGAAUAAUUACAGUUAAGACCGUUUCUUAAUACGUACACCUCUUAGACAAAAUGUAGCAGCACAACUCUAAUAUUUGUCAAACACAAGCGUGCAUUCAAUAGUCUAAUUUUUAAUACAUUUAUGUCCUGUUUUUUAAGGGUAUUCAGACUUAACUGAUUUGUUGAAGUCAUAUUUAUUUAUUUAUUUAAUUAAUCCGUAUUCAGUCCUGUUUACAAACAGUAAGUGGAUUUUAUUUAAAAGUUUUAAAAAAACGGUGUCUCCCCAUCAAUUAAAUCUUGCAUUGUUUACUUUAACGAUGCCUGCGUCGAUUCUCAGUCAUGCAGGUCAUGGUAAUCCUCAAAGGUUGGAUAGAGGCACACUUGACUCUUUAGGUUGAAUGUUUUAGGUAUAGAGUUUCCCUAUUUACCGUAUUUUCCGGAGCGCACCGGUAUAUAAGCCGCAACCGCUAAAUUUUAGGGGAAAAAAAUAUGUUUACAUAUAUUAGCCGCACCGGACUACCAGCCUCGGAUAUAUACGUUGCGAAAUUAGUUAUUUACACAAAAAUAUUUUUUUAAUGUUUAUUUACUUACCUUAAUUGUUCCCAAACGGUGUCUGUAACACGGUAGUAACACGUCUGAUCAAACAAAACAGAAGUCAUGGUCAUGGACCUGCUAGCUGCGGAAGCUAGCGCUCCAAUCAGCUAAACAUAUUCAAUAACUCCACUGUGACGUCUUAGUGAGUUUGUUGAGGAAUUUGAGAAAGUGAAACAAUACAAAAAGAAUGCCAUUUUAAGGUAAUAAUACUAACACGGACACUCGUAAAUGUGUUAGCAUAUUAACUAAUGCUCUUGACACUAGCGUUAUUACAUUAUGAUAGCUCGUACAAAAAAAUACAAUACAAAAUACUACAGACAUCAAACACGGGGCGGUUUAGUAAGUAUAAACAGUUUUAGUUGUAUUGCAAAACUUGCAAUGAAGAAUCCAUACGAGUAGAAACACUAUGGAAAUGGGCAUGCUGGUAGUAUGAUUUUUUUUUUUAAACAAAAACUAGUGCAGUCAGGGAGUGCACAGCAAGCAAAACAGCUGUCUUCCGAACAUGAUCCAGCCCCGUCCAUAAAAACAAUGCCAAUUAGGGAAAGGUGUGAGAGCCGGCAGUCUCUGAGACACAGGAAGUGGGAACUAGAAAUAGGAGCGCUGGAAAAGGAAAUAACACCAUAACAGUGUAAUAAUACAUCUCAGUCCAAAUGGUCAUUGAGAAUCAUGACAUCGUCAACAUACAAGAAGAGGUAAGUUUCCUCCAUUCAACCUUUGCAGAUUACUUUCUAACAAUGUGUUUAAGGCAAAAGUGAACAGCUCUUAAACUACAACAUAACAGUGUUUUUUCUGAUUAAAAUCAAUACUCAUGUUUUGUAGCAUGUUCUCAGGUUUGAUCAUCAAUGUGAAAGCACUAAAGACGUAGUCAUCUCUGUGCCAUAAUGUUAUUUGUUACGCGUUUUCAUUUCCACAUUCAUUUGGGAAACUGGAUUCAAGAAACAAUGCACAAAGACUAAAACCACAACAUUGCAACUCUGCAGAGACAGUUUGACUGUACGUUCUCACCAGCAUAUGUUGUGCAUGUUCCCAUCAUUAGACUUUGCCACUAUGAACAGAAUGUAAAUACAAACACACCCAAUCUGUCCAUAUGUUGAAUAUACUGUUGUCUCCAUCCAUAUCAAACGUCACAAAUAGUAGUACUAUUGAGCCAAAAUAGUAUUAGAGGAUUAAUUUUCAAAAGUGUUGCUUAGUUCAAAUGUUUACUCUAUAGUGUUUGUAUUCUGUAAAUAUUGUUUUACAUAUUAGUGAUAAAAUUAACCUCCUGAGACCUGGAAAAAUAAAGGUUGUAUUUUUAUUUAA